AUAGUAAGUAGGCGAACUCAGAGAGGUUUUUUAACCGUUUAACGCGACAUUUUUCUGUCUUUUAAACGUUUCUCAGCCUUAACAUUCGUCACAGUCAAAAUGGGGAAGCGGCAGCACCAAAAGGAUAAAAUGUACAUCACUUGUACUGAGUACACAAACUUCUACGGAGGAAAGAAAACAGAAAUCCCUCAAGCUAAUUUUCGUCGACUGCCCUUUGAUCACUGCAGCUUGUCUCUGCAGCCAUUUGAAUAUCCAAUGUGCUCUCCAGACGGCAUUGUGUUUGAUUUAAUGAGCAUUGUUCCAUGGAUUAAGAAGUUUGGCACAAAUCCCAGCACUGGAGAGAAACUUGAUGCCAAAUCGCUCAUUAAGCUGAACUUCAGUAAGAAUAAUGAAGGGAAAUAUCACUGUCCGGUCCUGUACAAUGUCUUCACAAACAACUCUCACAUCGUGGCCAAUAAGGUCACGGGCAACGUCUUCUCGUAUGAGGCGGUGGAGCAGCUCAACAUCAAGACAAAGAGUUACAAAGAUCUGUUAACUGAUGAACCCUUCACACGUCAGGACCUCAUCACUCUACAGGACCCGACAAACCUGGAUAAAUUUAAUGUGUCCAACUUCUUCCAUGUGAAGAACAACCUGAAGGUCCUGGACCCUGAUGAGGAGAAAGCCAAGCUGGACCCAGCGUACCAUCUGAAGAGUACCAACCUGGAGACGCGGGAGACGCUGGCUGAGCUGUACAGAGAAUAUAAAGGCGAUGAACUCCUGGCCUCCACCAUGAAGGAGCCAGAGGCUAAAAAAACAGACAAACUCAAUGCAGCUCAUUACUCCACAGGCAGGGUGUCAGCCUCCUUCACCUCCACAGCCAUGGCUCCUGCUACCACACACGAAGCAGAUGCCAUCUCAGAUGAUGCAGUUCGGUACCAGUAUGUGAAAAAGAAGGGCUAUGUUCGUCUGCACACCAACAAAGGCGAUCUGAACUUGGAACUCCACUGUGAUAAGGUCCCCAAAGCGAGUGAGAACUUCAUUAAGCUGUGUAAGAAGGCUUAUUAUGACGGGACCAUAUUCCACCGCUCCAUCCGAAACUUCAUGAUCCAGGGAGGGGACCCGACAGGAACUGGCACAGGAGGGGAGUCGUUCUGGGGGAAGCCAUUUAAAGAUGAGUUCCGACCCAAUCUCUCCCACACGGGCCGGGGUAUCCUCAGCAUGGCCAACUCUGGGCCCAACACCAACAAAUCCCAGUUCUUUAUCACGUUCCGAUCAUGCACAUACCUGGACAGAAAACACACCGUGUUUGGAAGAGUGGUGGGUGGGUUUGAGACCCUUACAGCCAUGGAGAAUGUGGAGAGCGAUCCGAAAACAGACAGACCAAAGUCAGAGAUUAAGCUGUUGAGUGCCACCGUAUUUGUGGAUCCAUAUGAGGAGGCAGACGCACAGAUUGCGGCAGAGAGAGAGAAAGACUUGAAGAAACAGGAGGAAGAGAGGGCUCAGGCCACAGCAGCUAAAAGCAAAACCAAAACUGAACAACCCAAAACCUUCAGACCAGGAGUGGGCAAAUACAUCGACAUGGCUUCAGCGAAGCGUUCUGCAACAGAAGUUGACAGCAAACCUUCCACCAGUGAAGUGGCAGCUAAGAAACCCAAGGGAAGAACAGGAUUUGGGGAUUUCAGUUCCUGGUAAAAAAAAGAAAAA